AUGGGUUAUCUAAGACAUGAAAGAGAGGGUAGUGUGACCCUAGGACAGCCGCAUCUUUCUCGCCAGGAUCUCACCACCUUGGAUGUUACCAGGUUGACGCCACUCUCACAUGAAGUUGUUAGCAGACAAGCCGCAAUUAAUAUAGGUACAAUUGGUCAUGUUGCCCAUGGGAAAUCUACUGUUGUAAAAGCUAUAUCUGGAGUUCACACUGUUAGAUCCAAAAAUGAACUAGAAAGAACUAUUACAAUCAAGCUUGGAUAUGCUAAUACCAAGAUUGACAAACUUGAUGAUGCAAGUUGUCCUCGGCCAGACUGCUAUAGACCCUGUGGAAGUAGUACACCUGAUAAGUUUCCUACAGACAUUACAGGGAACUUCAAACUAGUUAGACAUGUUUCCUUGGUUGACUGUCCUGGUCAUAUUUUGAUGGCUACUAUGCUGAAUGGUGCAGCAGUGGUGGAUGCAGCUCUUCUGUUAAUAGCUGGUAAUGAAUCCUGUCCUCAACCUCAGACUUCUGAAUAUUUGGCUUCCGUAGAAAUUAUGAAGCUGAAACAUAUAUUGAUUCUACAAAAUAAAAUUGAUUUGGUAAAAGAAAGUCAGGCUAAAGGACAGUAUGAACAGACUCUUGCAUUUGUAUAAGGUACAGUAGUGGAAAGAGCACCUAUUAUUCCAAUUUCUGCUCAGCUGAAAUAUAAUAUUGAAGUUGUCUGUGAGUAUAUUGUAAAGAAAAUUCCAGUAUCUCUAAGAGACUUUACUUCAGAACCUCGGCUUAUUGGUAUUAGGUCCUUCGAUGUCAACAAACCUGGCUGUGAGGUUGAUGAUCUUAAAGGUGGUAUGGCCGGUGGUAGUAUUUUAAAAGGAGGAUUAAAGGUGGGCCAGGAGAUAGAAGUCAGACCUGGUAUCGUUUCCAAAGAUUGUGAAGGAAAACUCAUGUGUAAACCAAUCUUGUCCAAAAUUGUAUCACUUUUUAUGUCACACAAUGAUCUUCAGUAUGCUGCUCCAGGGGCUCUUAUUGGAGUUGGAACAAAAAUUGACCCCACUUUGUGCCGGGCUAACAAUGUGGGACAGGUGCUUGGUGCAGUUGGAGCUUUACCAGAGAGCUUCACAGAAUUGGAAAUUUCCUAUUUCCUACUUAGAUGGCUUCUUGGUGUACGUACUAAAGGAGACAGAAAAGAAGCAAAGGUGCAGAAGCUGUCUAAGAAUGAAGUGCUUAUGGUGAACAUAAGAUCCCUUUCAACAGGUGGAAGAGUUAGUGCCGUCAAGGCUGAUCUGGGCAAAAUAGUUCUCACUAAUCCUGUGUGCACAGAAGUGGGAGAAAAAAUAGCCCUAAGCCGAAGAGUUGAGAAAUACUGGCGUUUAAUUGGUUGGGGUCAGAUAAGAAGAGGAGUAACCAUCAAGCCAACAGUAGAUGAUGACUGAAGAUGAUCAGUUACAUAAUACAUUUGGAUAAAGGCAGAAUU